AUGCCUCUGAACGUACUGUACGAAUCUCCUGUAGGCUUUGCCCUCUUCCAGGUCUUGGAUGAAGGCAAAAUCGCCGAUGUCUCCGAUGUCGAGCAGCUUUUCAAGGACCCUUCCCAGCUUUCUGGAGUUCUUCAGCUCAAGAAAUUCAAGAAGUUCACUGAUCAGGUCGAAGCUACUCAAGCUGCUGUUUCUCUCACUGAAGGAAAGGCGCCAAAGACUCUGAAAAAGAUGUUGAAGAAGCUCGUCAACGAGGAUGUCAUCGAAACCCUCGCUGUUUCUGACACUAAGCUUGGAUCGAUGAUCCGAGAACAAAUCGGUCUUGAAUGCAUCCACUCUCCUGCCAUUCACGAGCUCACCCGAGGCAUCCGAGAGCAUUUGGUCGAAAUGACCGGAAUCCAGGAAUCCGAGCGAUCCGCCAUGGCUUUGGGUUUGGCUCACUCGCUUUCCCGAUACAAACUUAAGUUCUCUCCCGACAAAGUUGACACCAUGAUCGUCCAGGCCAUCUCUCUUCUUGACGAUUUGGACAAGGAAUUGAACAACUACAUCAUGCGCGUCCGCGAAUGGUACGGCUGGCACUUCCCCGAAAUGGGCAAGGUCGUCACCGACAACCUCGCCUACGCCAAGACCAUCAUCAAGAUGCAGUACCGUGUCAACUGCUCCGAGACCGAUUUCAGCGACAUCCUUCCCGAGGAUAUCGAAGAACAGGUCAAGGAACUCGCCGAGGUUUCGAUGGGAACAGACAUCAGCGAAGAUGAUUUGGAAAACAUUCUUGCUCUUGCUGAGCAGGUCGUCGAGAUCACUGCCUACAGAGCCCAGCUGUUCGAAUACCUCAAGAACCGAAUGGCUGCUAUCGCGCCAAACCUGACCGUCCUCCUCGGAGAACUCGUCGGAGCCCGACUCAUCGCCCACGCUGGUUCUCUCCUCAACUUGGCCAAGCAUCCCGCCUCAACUGUUCAAAUUCUCGGAGCUGAAAAGGCUCUCUUCAGAGCAUUGAAGACCAAGCAGGAUACUCCCAAGUACGGUCUUAUCUACCACGCUAGCAUGGUCGGCCAGGCUGCUCCCAAGCACAAAGGUAAAAUCUCCCGAAUGUUGGCUGCCAAGGCCGCUUUGGCGAUCCGAUACGACGCUCUCUGCGAAGGAGACGACGAGACCAACGUCGACUUCGCCAUUGAAGCCCGCCAGCAGCUCGAGAAACGAGCUAAGGAACUCGAGCUCCGAAAGGCCAAGAUCUCCGGCGGUAGAAAAUCCGCUGGAGGAGACAAGUACAGACAUAAGUCGGAUGUUGUCACCUACGACGCUGCUGCUGACAAUACUUUCAAGAGAAAGCAGGAGAAGGUCGAGGAGUCGCCAAAGCCAAAGAAGAUGAAGAAGGUAAAGGAAGAAGCGAGCGAGGAAAGUGUUAAGACUGAACCAGAAACUGAAGACACUCCCAAGAAAGAGAAGAAGGAUAAGAAAAAGAAGAAGAAGAAGGAUAAGGUUAAAGAAGAACCCGAAGAAGAGUAA